AGCUUCGAAAGUCUAAACGGGUAGAUCGAAGGCGAAGCAGAAUCUCAACCUCAAAAUCCGUGUCAUUCUCAUGAGUUUGGGUGAUCCCCAAGCUUCCACGUUUCUGGAAAGAAAAAUGUUUGGUUUUUCCUUUCAACACAAACCUUCUCAAUUCUCAUUCCCCAACUUGAGUGCUCUAACCAAAUCACAAUAUGGCAAUGAGAGUCGCAGCAGCGUAUGCUGCUUCUUCUGUUUUUGGGAGCAUUGCAACGGUUAAAAAACCGUCACUUCUCUUUUCACUUCCACACCAUAAUCUUUCUCCCAAGUUCCAUAACAUUAUCAAUCUUCCUUCGCACUCCAAUCCUAUUACUAAACCUGGAUUUCAAUGGCACAUUCGAGCUAUUAGUGAGGCAGCUAUGGAGGCUGCAAGUUCCAAGAAAGAAGGGGAAGGUCAAUCACCCAAUAACAAGGAUUGGAAGAUUAAAAUGCUCUAUGAUGGAGACUGCCCUCUCUGUAUGCGCGAGGUGGAUAUGCUAAGGGAGAGGAAUAAGAGCUAUGGAACAAUCAAAUUUGUUGAUAUAAGCUCAGUUGAUUACUCUCCAGAGGAAAAUCAAAACCUUGACUAUGAAACUGUUAUGGGAAGAAUUCAUGCUAUUCUCUCUGAUGGAACUGUGGUUAAGGAUGUUGAAGCGUUUCGGAGAUUAUAUGAACAAGUUGGUCUUGGUUGGGUUUAUGCUAUUACAAAAUAUGAACCAAUUGGCACAAUUGCUGACUCCAUAUAUGGUGUUUGGGCUAAAUAUCGUCUUCAGAUUACAGGAAGGCCACCUAUAGAAGAAAUUUUAGAAGCUCGAAAGAAGAAGGUCAAGGGCCGGGUAAGGGUCUCAAAAAUAGACUCGGUCAUUAUUCAAGGCCAGGUCCGGGUCAAGACGAACCCGGCUUCACCCGUCCAUGUGCACCCUAAGGGGAUUAAAAAAGGGCGAAGUAUGCAAAGAUAGCAGUGCUUGCAAGAUGUAAAUUUCCACAAGGCUGCAUUUGGAUGCUGUUUCUGAAACAGAAAUAGAGAGACAUGGUAAAUUUAUAUAUUUUAUGUAACUUCUUAUAAAAUCUUUUCCUUAUUUCUGUAUUUCUGAUCAGAUACAGAAUCCAAAUGCAACCUAAUAGUUGACCAUGGUAAACACUUGAAGAGGCUCGCCAUAUAUAUAUGAUCUUAUAUAUAUCAUGUAGAUCAGCAUAACAGCAUCACAAGUAUACAUCUUCAUCAGCAUACAUUUGAUACUCGUGUAUAGUGACUAUAGUCUACAGUUUCAGCAGAUUCUUCAGCAUUGUCUCACACAAACGUUUUAUGAUAUCAGCAGUAGCUGAAUUAACGGUAUACGUAGAUUGUUACACAUGACAUUAAAAAAGUUUAUUUGCAUAUAUACAACUAAGAUUGAAAGCUUAUGCUUAGUGCAUCCAUGUACCACGUGAGGGUGAUAAGUAUGUAUAGUAGUAAUAGUAUACAGGUUUAAGUAUCCUGUGAAUCUCUAUGAUUUUACUUAAUUUUCAGUUAACUUCUGGUUUGUUGGUC